GGAUAUAUUCUCUUUUGGUGCGAGAGAGAGAGUGCAACAAUUAAAGGCCCUGCUUAAUACAUUUAAAAAGGCAGAUACUCUCCUCUCCGAAACUCAACACUCGAGCACUGAUCAGCUGGAAUACCGGCGCAGAUAGCAUUCGGCAGCGUUCGACGGCGGAAGCAAUUCAACAGCAUUGGAAUCAUGGUAAGGAAUCUGGAAGAUUUUUGCAAUGAGGCGAACGCCAAACACAUAAGGAUUGAGGACCGCGAGCGGUACACCGGCCACUUCAACGCCUUGAAGGAUAUGGUGUACUCGUACUGGAAGAAAUCGAAAGGUCUGGACAAGCUGGUCAAGGGAACAACACUAUGUGGUGGAUAUGGCGAUAAUCUAAAGGUAUCAAAGCCCGAUGAGUAUGACUUGUUAAUCCAUCUGGUCUUUCCGGAAAAUGAUAAAAUCAUUGUCAAGGCCGAUGCGAGUAAUCCAGGCAACGUCUUGCUGGAUAUGACCAAGGUGAUGGAGAUUAUCGCUAAGCAAGAGCACAACAAGCCCGUGUUCGAUCUUCUCCAGAAAAUUGUAAACAACAAAAAGCAGCUGCUAGAGGAUAAGCUGCAGAGCUUCCUACACGGCAUAAUGACCCAGACGCUCAACAAAAUGGGCAAUCGGAUCGAGGUGCAAGGCGAGAUCUCGCACCUGUCAUACAAAAAGUGCGGCCCCGCCCACAAUAUCUUGGUGAAAGGGCCUUGCGAGUACUCCGUGGACUUUGUACCAGCCAUCAAGCUUUCAGCAGCACAACUUGUUUUGGCACCGGAGCAAAGGAAACAUUUUGGUGGAACGCUCUACUGGGAUGCCGUCCCGAAGCCCAUGAAGCCAGCCAAACCCGAUAACCCAUCCUUCAGGACCUCCUUCUAUGAGGCAGAGCGCAGUCUGCUCCACGGGAAGCAGAACCUAAAGUCCGCCAUCCGAAUGAUAAAGCACAUCCGUAAUGAAAAAAAUAAGGCAAACCUAAAGAGCUACCACAUCAAGACGGUCUUCCUGUGGCAGGUGAUGGAAAAGGAUGCCUCUUACUGGGAAAAACCCAAAAAGGAGAUAUUAAUCGAGAUGUUGGGCAAGUUGGCGGACUUACUAGCUUUGACGCCGAGGAAGGGCAGGUUGCCCUACUUCUGGGACCCCAAGCUGGACAUGUUUGCCGACCUAACCGACGACCAGCGAACGGAUAUGUUCAACUGCUUUAGGAAGUGCGAAUACGUUUUCCGCAAAGCCGACGGAAAUCUGAAUGACGACAAUGAGAACAGUGUGCAUAGCUCUUUCAAAGGUAGCGGUAGGAAUGGACAGAAAAUGGAAAAAACCUCGACGGAAAGUGAGCAGAAGAAGCCGACCGAAACCAAGCCAAACGCUAAAGUCGAGUCCACUCCCGUCAAACCAAAUCCAAAACCAAGCGUACAGGAAAAACAGGCUAAGCCGAAUCUGGCCGAUCAAAAGAAAUGCACCAAAAAUGCGAAUGGAACGAAGUCCAAGACUACAACUCCAAAGCCUUCUUAGCACCUCAAUGC